AUGGCAACAAACGAGCAAAACCUGGAGCAGACCGAGAUGGACGUUGGUGGUGACAAUGGACAUAGAGAACACCAUUGCUCCUGUCCGAGCCUAACAACACUGUCCGCGCGGUACGUCUAUGCAGGGAUCUUCUUUUUGGCCAACAUCGUUGCAUGGGUGGAAAGAGAAAACCCUAUCACGUACUUCAUGGGACAACGCCUCAGUGGCUGUGAGGGUCACCGUGACUGCCUUGCCGCUGAGAGUGUUUUAAUCAUAAGUCUUGCCUUCUUCCUCUUUUUCUCUAUAAUGUUCUUCUCCACCGUGGGCACGAGGACGGUACAAGACCGUCGAAACUCGUGGCACUUCCAGUGGUGGUGGUUAAAGGCCCUCCUCUUGUUAGGCUGCCUCGUGAUCUCAGUAUUUAUACCAUCCGAUGGGAUUCAACUCUAUGGUAAAGCUGCACACUUUGGAGCAGGGGUAUUUCUUCUUGUUCAGCUCAUAAGUGUCAUCAGAUUCAUCACACGGCUGAACUACAAAUGGUGCCAGACAAAUAUCGAAAAUCACUACCUUGAGGUGAUCACGACCUCUGUCCUAGCCUAUAGUGCCUCGAUUGUAGGGAUCAUACUGAUGUUCUUCUGGUACACGGGCUGCUUGGUGAACAUCACGUUCAUUGUCACCACACUGGUCCUAGUGUGUCUUAUGGCCCUAAUCUCACUAUUGUCAAAGUCGAAGGGAUUCUACAUGGAGCCAGGGCUAAUGGGAGCAUACAUUGUGUUACUAUGCUGGUCAGCAAUUAAAAGUGAGCCAGACACAAGUUGCUUCAAGAAAGGAAAAGCUGGCUCAGGUGACAAUUGGAUAACCAUAAUUACUUUUAUUGUUGAAUUGAUCAGCAUCACCGUAGCUACUUUUUCGACGGGCACUGAUGACUACAAAUGCAUAAAUGAACGUAGUAGAGACGGUAAACGACGUACCAUAUGGGUAUGGUUUUUCCAUUUUGUCUUUGCUAUGGGUUCCAUGUACUUUGGCAUGUUAUUUGUCGGCUGGGACACACAUCAUACAUCAGAAAAGUGGAGCAUGGACGUCGGUUGGACCAGUACGUGGGUCCACAUCGGCAACGAGCAUCUAGCAGUGAUAUCUUUUGUAGCAGUAGUCAUCGCUCGAAGAUAUGGAAUAGGUUGGCUCCAACAGCUGCUUGGGAAGAUCUUUGGAAUAGGUGGCGAGCAGCAGGAGAACAAUAAUGAUGCCCAUCACACAGAGCCUGAGGGAUAUGCGGUAGACAAUGUGCCACCACAAGGAUCCCGUGCCACAGAUCCCGAGGUAUCUGCGACGAACAAUGGGCCACCACAGGAAUCCCAUGGCACAGAUCUCGAAAGAUCUGAGAUGGAUGACAACGGGCCACCACCGUCGUCGUCUUUGACGUUGGCAGAGCUACUCCAUAUACCACUGUCUCCAUGGUCUGACAGUGAUGAAAUUGUGGAAGUGAAAUAA